GUCGCGGAAUCAUUCAGGCUAUGACCUCAAUGGAGAUAUAUUUUGCGUGAAAGGACAGCAACUCGUGAGAAAAACACCGACUUGAAAAAAGCUGAUCAAAACUCAUCUGCUAACCAGGGAGCAGAUCAUUUCCCUGCAUUGGAAUUUGAACCGAACUGUCAGUCAAAUGAAGGUCAAUCAAUAUAGAUUCAUAAUGCUUUUGUUCGGAUGCUUUUGAAGACAUUUAUACUUCCCACAGGAAGCUGGAAGAACUCUCCGAAAAGUGACGUUAUUCGGUACAAGUCAUUCCCUUGGAAGUAGAAUUUGCGACGCAAUUUUAAAUAGCAGCUCGUUUUAAGGCGCUUCUCGCUAAAGGUGGCAGAUGAAGUGGAUAAAUGAAUGUUUUGGAGGGAACGGAAAGCUGAGCACACAUAAAUUCUGAGAAGCGAGUCCAAGGUGCGGAAGAACAGCUGGAUCCAGACUUUUGUUUCCCCAAAUCCGCAGUUGGUCGUUGAUGAGCCAGCGAGAAUGGCGGUCUACCGCUGGGCAACAGUCAUCGCUUUCUUUCUGAUUUCAGAUGUUUGGUCGGGUACUGAGGCUAACAAAUAUCCAGUACAUCAAACCCCUGCUUUACUUCAUGUAUUCGAAGGCGACGACCUAGUUUUGAAUUGCACUUUUGAAUUCAACGGGAUAUUAACUUACAACUGGCAGAAGGAUGGCUGUCCCAUAGAUUUCAUUUCCGGGAGAUACAAAAAUAGAGUAGUACUACCCGAUAAAAAUGUAUUUAAGACCAAGAAGGAUGCAUCAAUCCAGAUUAAGAAUGUGACGCUAUUCGACUCAGGAAUGUAUCACUGUCAGCUUGACGUAAUGAGCAAAGGGAAAUAUAAAGGUGACGGAACCUUGGUCAUUGUCAGAGAUAUUUGUAGAAAAGAAAGACAAUUGGAAGGCAUUCAGUUUCAUUGGUUGUGGACUGGAGUCGCAGGUGGCGUAGUAUUCCUGAUUACUGUGAUACUGCUUGUAGUGAUAGCAUUCCUCGCUCGACGAAAUAAAGCUUACGCUUUACUUGUCAGGGAAUGCACUUCUUUUGAUUCUGCAAAAGAGCCAACAGUCGCAGCGCCGAGAAGAAAAAUGCACGAUCACGCCAAUCAUCAGCAUGAAGACGCCUAUCUGCAUUGUCACAGUAAAGGGGGUGCGCCAAAGAGAAAGCGUCCACUGCCGGCAAGACCGAACAUGGAGUAGUUUUCAGCUUGUGCGGUACUGUAGGAUUAUUGUCACUUAUGUAGUUCAUCACUCGGCGUUAUCAAACAAACCAGAAGAUAAAAAGCUUCUAUUUAUAUUUUCUAUUAUUUUAGUGACAAAAUAAGACGUAGAACUUUGAUGAGGACUGCACGUUAAAUGAAAAUUUAAACGCAUGGUACUGAUCAUGUUUUCGGUUUGACAAUCAUUCUUCAUGUUGGGUAGUUUAUCGUCGAGUAGGAAAUGAAAGGCAAACGUCCACCACGCCCCCCCCCCCCCCCCGCAGUUUCUGGAAACCUGAAACAAAA